GGUUAAUUCACCGCAUGAACGAAAAAGAGCCAGGAGUGGCAAAGAGUCUGUGCAUAGCUGCCGUCAUAACAGGAGUGUUUAUGCUAUUCAUCUUGGUAGUUAUCUUGGCGUUCAGCGCUGGAGGAAGCUCUGGCGAAUCACUAUACGACAAAGACGAUCCGAUUCUCGAACUCGAUGUAGAUACAUUCAGUGCAGCUAUCUAUGGAUCCAAAAAAGCACAUUUCAUCGAGUUCUACUCUUCAUGGUGUGGUGCUUGCAUCGGAUAUGCUCCAACGUUCAAAAAGUUCGCCAAACAACUGGAAAAAUGGGCUCCGCUCGUUCAAGUGACUGUGGUCAACUGUGCCGAUGACAAGAACAUGCCACUUUGCAGAGAGCACUCUGUUAGCUCAUAUCCAUCUCUUAGAUACUUCAAAUACAACUCGCACAAUAAGGACGAUGGAAUGAAGUACAGUGGGGACAAAUAUGACAUCAACAAGUUGGCUCAUGAUAUCGCUGGUCUUGCUCAAGCCGAUGCUCAAAAGCAAAACCCUGAAAGCUGGCCGACCUUCUUGCCACUUUCUGACACUACCACGUUGGAAGAAGUGUUCAAGUCGAUUGGAACAACUUCAUAUCUUGCAAUUGUCGUUCAAGACAGUCCAUCUGUAAUAGCAUGGGCGAACUUGAUCAAUUAUCACGGGAACAAUGGUGUCAAAGUUGCUUAUGUUACCCAAAAUCAUCCAAUUGCCACCAAGUUCUUCUCCGAUGGCGGUGUGCAUGCAUUACUGUUCUCCAACGGAAAUCAGGAGCCACUGUGGAAGAGUAGCAGCCCGGUCGACAAGUGGGUUGAUGUUCAAGACAAAAUCGAUGAGCUGAUUGGAGAUAAAAUUGCCGCUUCGGGACCAACUGUUCAUCCGAUCAAUGCUGCGCCAGUCAUUGCCGCUCCGUCAAACCCACUGAACAACCAGUACGAAGUUCAGCUUGUAGACCUGAAAAGUGCAAUGAGCUACAUGUUGUACAAGGAAAUUCCAAGGCGAGAGGAAAUUCGUGAUGAGCCAAUGGCGGUGCUCAAACAAUGGAUGCACACUUUGAAGAAGUAUGCACCUGGAACCACACCAAUGCGCCGGCUCUUCUUCCGUCUUGACGAGUGGAUUCAGCUUCAAUCUGUUGUCACUGCAAAUGAGUGGAUAACUAAAGUUGAUGAAAUUCAGCAAGCACUCGGAAACCCACUACCAAAAGAGAUCACAUGGAUGGCUUGCGCGGGAUCAAAACCAAACCUGAGAGGUUAUACCUGCGGUCUUUGGACACUGGCUCACACAAUCACCGUGGAAGCUUACAAACAGGAGAAGCACAAUACCGCUUUCAAGCCUGUGAUCGACGUCCUCGAGCCAUUCCGCGCGUUCAUUUUCCAUUUCUUAAGUUGCUCCGAGUGUGCGCAAAACUUCACCAAAGAAGCGGAAAAGAACCAGCUCCAUUUGGUGACCAGGCCUGAAGACGUGUACGCAUGGCUGUGGAGAGUUCACAAUUUUGUCAACAAGCGCCUUUCUGGCUCACUAACCGACGACCCGUCUUUCAAGAAACAACAGUUCCCACCGAAGUCGCUGUGUGCAGAUUGUUAUGAUGCGAAUGGAGAUAUUGAUGAAGCGAAGGCGCUGCCAUUCGUUUUCAAAUAUUAUUCCAAUAUCAAGACAGAUUCAACAGAUAAUCUACCUGGGUACAAAGUUGUUGAGUACAAGGAAGGCAAAACUCUUUCUGCUGGCCAGCGACACCUCAAUCCAAAAUUCCAAGUUCAUGCUGGCAAAGUGGAUCAACUGGAAGCAAAUGACAAAGUGAAAAACGUACUAGACGCAAGUCCUCAGCGAACAUGGAAGGAUAUUGAUGGAUACGGUAAGACUAGGUUCUGGUUCUGAGUAUGUGAGCAUGUAUGUGUUAUAGACGGUCUUCCGGACUCUGGCCGCUCACAUUAUUACUUCAUCUUCCUCUCGUUGAUUGGUGUCGCGCUGAUUGUCAUCUACUGCAAAUACAGGAAGAAUAGAUCAAAGUUUUGGAAGACUUUCUAUUACAAAAACGACUUCAAACUGUGAUUCAUUUUUGCCGGGGGUUUUUUGAGUUUUGCUGACAUAUCACUCUCUAUCUCUGUAUUUUUUCAACUUCUAACAUCUAUGUUGUCCUAUGUUUUUUUUUGUUUUGCAUGCUCUUUCACAUUUCUACUUCAAAAGUUCAAAAAAUCUUCUACUCCUUUUCAUAUCAUAUGUCAUGUCCAGCUACCAUUUUUUCCUACAAGUUGUGUGUCUGUUGUGUAAACUGAAGAAAAAGCCGGUCUUAGUUAGUUGCAUACGGCACUGACCUACUUCAAACCAGCUACAUGCAAACGUCGUGUUGUGUUUUGUCUUUGAAAUGUCAUAAUAAUUCUAGUGAUACAUCUCAUCUAAUUUAUUUCAGCAUAUUAAUUUAUUAAAUGUAUUGCAUGAUCGAAAUUGUUUUUCUCCACUACGUGUCUACUUUUUUGGUGUCUUUUCAAUUUGUCUUUAUCUAAUUGUGUUCGUCAUGUAAUUUGACGUAAUAAAAGUUUU